AUGGUGUCACAGGCAGCCGAUGUUGUACAGAAGCACCAGCCGUUGUUUUUGACACUGAACUUCGCACAUAACAACGAGGCUCGAUUAAGUAUUGCCUCUCGCGCGUGGUCACUUCGCGUCCUCUGCACCGGUCGACCUCUUUGCUUACGGCAGCCGGAUUGGAGAAAUGCCAGCUUAUAG